CGCUGGUGGCCAUGUUGCUGCCAGACGCGGCGGCCGCCAGGGGCUCUGCAGCCGUGCGGAGCAGAGCGGAGCGGGGAUGGCGGUGGCCGUGGCUGUGGGGAGACCGGCGAAUGAUGACCUUCGAAACCUGUCCCUGUCUGGUCAUGUUGGCUUCGACAGUCUUCCAGAUCAGCUGGUCAACAAGUCAACGUCACAAGGCUUUUGCUUCAACAUACUUUGUGUUGGUGAAACUGGCAUUGGCAAGUCGACAUUAAUGGACACUCUGUUUAACACAACGUUUGAAAGUGAGCCAGCCACCCACAAUGAGCCCGGAGUGAGGUUGAAAGCACGAAGUUAUGAACUCCAGGAGAGCAAUGUCCGUCUGAAGCUGACCAUUGUUGACACAGUUGGAUUUGGAGAUCAAAUUAACAAAGAUGACAGCUAUAAACCCAUUGUAGAAUAUAUUGAUGCCCAGUUUGAAGCCUACCUGCAGGAAGAGCUGAAGAUCAAGCGUUCCCUGUUCAACUACCAUGACACGAGGAUUCAUGCUUGCUUGUACUUCAUUGCACCAACAGGACAUUCACUGAAAUCUCUAGACCUGGUCACCAUGAAGAAGCUUGACAGUAAGGUGAACAUUAUUCCUAUAAUAGCCAAAGCUGAUACAAUUGCAAAAAACGAAUUGCAUAAAUUCAAGAGUAAAAUCAUGAGUGAACUUGUCAGCAAUGGAGUUCAAAUCUAUCAGUUCCCAACAGAUGAAGAAACUGUGGCGGAGAUAAAUGCUACAAUGAGUGUCCACCUUCCAUUUGCAGUUGUUGGCAGCACUGAAGAAGUGAAAAUUGGCAACAAGAUGGCAAAGGCCAGGCAGUAUCCUUGGGGUGUUGUGCAGGUUGAAAAUGAAAACCACUGUGACUUUGUGAAGCUGCGGGAGAUGCUGAUCCGUGUGAACAUGGAGGACUUGAGAGAGCAGACGCACACACGGCACUAUGAACUCUACAGGCGCUGCAAGCUAGAAGAAAUGGGAUUCAAAGAUACUGACCCAGAUAGCAAACCAUUUAGUCUUCAAGAGACCUAUGAAGCGAAGAGGAAUGAAUUCCUGGGUGAGCUCCAGAAAAAGGAAGAAGAAAUGAGACAGAUGUUUGUCAUGAGAGUGAAGGAAAAAGAAGCAGAAUUGAAAGAAGCAGAAAAAGAUCUCCAUGAGAAGUUUGACCUUCUAAAGCGGACACACCAAGAAGAGAAAAAAAAGGUAGAAGACAAAAAGAAGGAGCUUGAGGAGGAGCUGAGCAACUUCCAAAAGAAGAAGGCUGCGGCUCAGCUACUACAGUCACAGGCCCAGCAGGCAGGUUCCCAACAAACCAAGAAAGACAAAGACAAGAAAAAUGCAAGCUUCACAUAAAGCCUGGCAAGCCAAGGAUGUUCCUGCAUUCACUUGCUUUUGCAGUAAUGUGUCUCAGCCAUCUUUUAAAAAAAACAAAACACAAAUAACUAUUAACUCAUUUAGUAUUGUAGUGGGAAGGUAAAACAAUUAUUACUGGGAAAUUGGGGGGUGGGGAAGGUUGGGGUGUGGGGUUGGAAAUCUAAUGAUGCCAUUUACCUUUCUGGUAAGAAACAGCAGCUGUCAUUCAGAACUGGCAUUCAGAUUUGAAUUGAGAGCAAGUACUGUUCAUUGCAGGCUUGAUUUAGUGCCUGGUAACAUUCCUUGGGAUCCAGUAGACAUGGAGUCAGGCUACUGUUACUAUUUGCACACCCAACUCUCAAAGAGCCAGAUUGCUGUUCCAUGACUCUCCCUGAAUAGUACCUUACGCCCGGGCACAGUCCCAUGGAAAUCUGUGGGAUCAGCUAUGGCGUAAGUUACUGUUCAUUGUCAGUGCACUGCUGUCUGGUCAAAGUCUUUUUCUCUGCUUAUAUUGCUCAACCCAGAAGCCUCACUCAAACGCUCAUCCUUUGACAGCUAACUCUUUUCUGUGUUUAGUUAACAGAGGUACAACUGACCUUGCAUGAUUUUACACUUGCAUGGAUUUUUUUUCUUACUGGAUAAUGUAACUGUGGCUUGGAUGUAUUUGGUAGCCGUGUUUGUCUGAGACAAAAAGAAAUGCAAAAAUCCAGAACUCUUGGUUCAGAGAUGAUAAAUUUUAUAAGGCCAACUAAGAAAUCACCAAAAAAUUAUCUUUUUCUGCAAGAAGAAGAGCUAAGAAAAAGUCUUUUUUGUUGUUGUUGCAAUUUCUUAGUUGGUCUAAUAAAAGGUAUCAUCUCUGAACCAAUAGUUUUUGAUUAUUGCCUAACUGUGGCUUGGCUUUUUGUUAUGUGCCGAACAGGUUAAAUCUCUCUUACAAUAACUCUUCUUAAAUGUUGUGGCUAAUUGGUAACGGCUGAAGUCUGCAUCAAAUGGAGCCACAAUUUCCAAUACAUAGAGAUUUUCUUCCACUUUUCCUGCUUUGAAAUAAAAAAAGGUUCCCAUCAAAACUAAUCGUAUAACAGUAACCUUUGAGGCCUAUCCUGAAAAGCAAAUAAGUCUUCCAAAAUGUGAUCCCCAUUAUACACAGUGGAAAGAUUAACUGAUUCCUUUAAAUCCCCAUCCAGCAGACACACACAUAUGGAUGUACCUGUUCAUGCAAUGUAAUGCCAAGGACUUUCAGGAAAAUAGUCACCUGAAGAAAUUUAUGCAUUGAAUUAUAUGGCUGCAAGGUCAGGCCACUCCCUACUAAUCUAUAUUGAGUGUAGAAAAUCCCAUCUUCUGAGGCCAAGUGCAGGGUGAUUUAACACUUGUUAACUUCAGUUACUCUGGGCUCCCAAGAACACCGCAGUUAGCUCCCUUUACAGCUACUUUGACCAAGGCAUAAAAAUGUAAUAUGAAAAUACCACUUAGCUUUGUGAGGGCUAAGAAAUAGGAUGUAAACCGCAGUUUGCCAAAAAAACAGUGAACAGCUCAGUUAACUGCCAAAGCAACCAUAGCAUGCUAACCUCUCCAAAAUGAAAGAGAAGGUGGAGAAAAUGGUUAGAAUGGGUUCUCUUCUUCUUCCUGUUGAGUGGCAUGCAGUUAUCUUGCAUAUAUAUCUUGGGCACGCAAACAAAAUCUGAGCCUGUCUUCGUGGUCAGCUUGUUAUGAACGUUGACUUGCCUGUUUUAAUUCUGUAUUUUCUCUACCAUUCCUUUCUGGACAGAGUCUUUUCCUUUCUGAUACAUUCCAAGAAGUGGAGACCCAUGUUUACCUUAUGACUUCCUGGAUUUCUUUCUCUGCUGCUGAUGUACUACCAGCUUCCCCACUGCUCCUAGCUAGGUAGUCUCCUGUUUCUAUCUUUGAAAGCACUCUUGAAAUUAACCCUCUUCACCUCAUACACUCCUAACUGCUUGAUUCUACUCAGACACCAGGAUGGAAUUUUUUCCUUCUUCCACUUAAAGUUAACAGAGGCAAGUUUGUGUCACACUCUCUUCCUUUUAUUAAUGUAGAUUUAUUUUUACUCCCCCACUUUCACUGCUUAAACAUGGCUCUUGGACAAAGGAAGGGUAGGUGGACAGAUGGCAAAAUUUAAGCAGAGGUAAAAGCAGGAGAGAAACCAUUUCAGAAUUCAGGCUGACUGUGUAUGUGAGCUUCUUUAAUCUGUGAAAAGACCAGCAGUUACAGUAGUCAGGUAAAAUAGUACCAAACGUCAGCUUACUACUGAGCCUAACCUUAUUGACUCUUUGGGAAUUGACUCCCUGCAACCAAUUUCCUAAUCAUAGGCAGCAUGUGAUCACCAGGGAUCCGGGUUUUUUGUUUCCCAGAGAAAAACAGAAAACCACGGAUUCCUCCCCUUUAUCGGAGAAAAAACGGAUUUUUCCUUUUGGCAGAGAUACCCACGGAUUUCCCACUCUUGCAAAGAGCUCUGCAGGCAAGCACAGGUCCAGCCUGCAAGAGCUGUUUGCAAAAAGGGUGGCGAACCCCCAACCCUGUCCAGAGGGAGAGGGGGAAAGGGUGGGGCCUGAGGCUCUUGUCAGCCAAGCCUUGGCUCGGGAUCACUUUUCCUUCCUGGAGCCUGUGAGGUAAGUGGGGCUUGCAGGAGGCUGGGGGGUUACAGGUCACAAAUGGGGAUUCAUGAUAGAACAGCCACAGUUGGACCCACAUCUUGGUGCAUGAGGGGAGCUGCUGCCAGGAGGGAGCAAGUGGGAGGUAGGCAGGGAGUGAGGGGCACCGGCAGGGCUGGGGUAGGGGCUGUAACUUGGGAGUGAGGGGCAAUGACAUAUCAGGGCUGCUCAGCACCACAAAGCAGUGGGGGGGGGGCAACCACAGCUGGACCCGCAUCCUGGGAAGUCAGGGGGCAGCAAAAGUUCUGAUUUUCCAUGAUGAAAAACCCAAAAUCAAACACUAAAAUGUAUAGGUAUUUAGAACAUAUUUUAUUGUAAUGAUUGACGUACUAGUAGGCUUCCAAAUUGCUUUAAAACUGUAUAUAUAGCCAUAAAACAUUGUGUUAAACUGAUACCCAUAUACAUAGCAGCCUUACAAUUUAAUCAGGGAUUUUGGGGGUUUAAUCAGAAUUCGCGAUUUAAAAAAAUUUUUUUUUAUAAGGGAAAACCAGGAUCCCUGGUGAUCACACAAAGUGCUCAGCUCUGAAGCUUGACUGCUUGUGUAGUAUGUUUGCAUCAGUCAUGUCUAUGUGUUUAAAUAGCAGAUGGGUUUCUGUGCCAAGUCAGACAUUUUUUAACUGUUUUUCCUGCUUAGCCCCUUUCCAGGGUUGCUUGGCAGAGAUCAUCUGAAUUGAGUGACAUGUUUUGGGUUGGUUUCUUUUUCCAGCAGCUCCACCUUCCUCCUCAUUUACCCCCUCCCUGAACAAGAAAUAUAUCGUAUUGCUUUGGAGAAGCUAGAAAUAAAAUUUUAUCUUGUGGACAUAAAAGGUUUAUUUUUUUUUUUUGUCAAGUGUGAUGCUAAUUUUUUAAAAAUCCCUGGGCCAUGUUUAGCUUGUUACUGCUGCACUUCCUUCCUUUCUGUAUCUAUGCCUUUUUUCACAGCAGCCCCUGGCUCUGCAUGGAAUAAAUGAUCCCCUCAAAUCUAGUUGGAUGUCACUUCUGCAUGUAAGUAUAGUAGUAAGACUUUCUGCCCACCAUUGAAAUGAACCAAACAGCCGCUGGUGGUGGUUGUUGUUUUAAGCCCUCUUCUUUUGAGUGGCAAUGCUGAAAUUAUUUUAAGUGUUUUGAUUCAACAAUAACCAGACUGUCCUGGGACUUGUAAAAGAGUUAAGUGCCUCAAUCCUAUUGCAUUUCAAAUGUGAUCUUUUUUUCUUUUUGAAAAUAUCAAUUUAUGGCACUAGCUUGGUCAUACUAAUUUCUCAUGACAGUUGUGUAAUCUUAACUCUUCCUUGCAAGAAUCUGCACAAUUGUGAUGUGUGGUAUAAUUAUUUAAACUAAAGUAGCUGGUCACUGCCCAUGCCACAUUUUCCUCAAGCCUUUUUUUAAAAUCUUGAGGCUAUUAAAAAUGAGUGAGAAUGUUGAAUGAAUUUCUGCGAAUUAGUGUUUCUUGGAUGUGGAAAUACCCCCGUAGACAAAAGGCCCAAAUGACACACACUCUUGCCUUGAGAAGGGUAGUAUUUGCUUUGAAUUGCACCGCUAAAAUGGCUUUUCAAGGCCAACUAUCAAUGCCACAGGUGGCAGUUUGAUGCCUGACUUCCAGUGACUCAGUCCACUUCCCAAGAAGAGUGAACAGGGUGGAGGCUCAAGAGUUCUCAGCUUUGACCUGUCUGCUCCCAUUAAAACAAACAGUGCAAGUAGCCCAUUAACUUCUGUAACAGAGUGAGGCCAACGCUGAUUACUCCUGAAUACCUUACUUCUGUGUAAAUUAAGUAAGAAUGAGGUAAAUGAAGUAAAUAAGAACCUGUGCCCUUUCUUAAACUGGGCCUUACUGACACUGGUGAUGGCCAUGGCUAUCAGAGAGUGUAAAGAGAUGAAACUAUUAGGCUGAUCUAAAAGUGAGAGACUUCAGGCAGGUUAGCUGAAUCUUCUGUAGCUGUUUUACCCCCCUGCUAUAUCCUGUGAUGAGUGGAUGCUAAACAACAGUAGUUUAUCAUUGGUUUUAGGGAUAAAUCACUGUGAUUUAGCUUCCCUUACUUCAACUCGGGGUCAUGUAAAGACCAAAUGUUACAAUAUACCAUCUAAUACACACUCAGAAGAAGUAAUCCCCUUUCCUCUUGCCCUUCAACCCAGGUUUGUCUGUCAUGCCAAGAGCUCCAACCAUGCUUGGAGUUUUAAUGAGGAUUUUGUCACUGUGCUAAAGUCUUUGUCUUUCAGCGUAAACUGAGGAGUAAAGGGUGGUUACAUGGGGAGGGGAGAAUAGUAUAGUUGUCCCUUCACUGGGCUCUCCACCCUGGAAGUCUAAGCCAGUGAUUCUCAACCUCCACCCCUUGAAAAAUGUCACCUCUUAAUGUUCACUUGUCUUUUCAACUACAGAAACAUAACAGCAAUUCUUCUGUUGCAAAGAACCCAAUAGGUCAGAAUGGUUUUGAUACUAUGGAUUUCUAUUUGAAUUUUCAGGGCUUAUCUUGUGAGUCAUGUUUGCACACCUACCAGUGCUAACGUUGUGUGACACCCUGUAGGACCCUUGAAUGGAUUGCAAGGCACCCCAGGGUGCUUCAUGGUUGAAAAUCACUGGUCUAAACAAUCGAAGUAGCUGUGCUUUUGAACCCCAGAAUGCCACAUUUAGGCAGCAUAUCCAGAUUUUACCUGGGAACUCCCACCUCUUCAAUCCUAAAUCUUCCAUCCUUUUGGUACCUUGUACGUUUUUAGCAAGGUAUCCUGUUGAGAAGGCUUUUUUGUAUUUGUGUCUCUUUUUAAGCAAGUCUUAUUUAAUGUCAUCAGUUGGUUUUGUUUUUCAGGUAGCUCUCGUUCUGCUUUUAAACUGUUGUCUUGAGAACUGAAAUGUCUUGUAUGUGUGAUCAUAUGCAAUUUUGUCCACUUGAAUCAUGUUACCAUUUGCUAUUCUCAGACGUUAGAACUCUUUACUCCUGUCAUCUUUUCUCGAAGGAUCAGGGUUGCAUUACAGUAUGUAGUAUCUACGAUGUUCCAGCCAGCGUGUAAAAGUAUGGGACUAUACGAAUAUGAAGGAUUUUUUUAAUUAACUAAAAAUUAAGCUGUGAACAGCAGUAGAAAUAUUUGUAUUUGUAUACAUUUUUAAUAUCUUGAUUGCCUUAAACUAUAGGUGUAGAACAUUAUUACUGUUGCCUUUCUAUUUGAAAAUAACCUAUGUUUAUAUCUAAGUGACUGUGUAGCUUACAUACAGUGUUAAUGCAGAAAUAUAUAUAUUCAUCUGUUAGAUAUUUGUCACUCUAUUAAUGUAAACAUAUUUCAUUUUGGAAGUACAAACUGAAUAAUAAUCUUAUGGUAUAGCUCAGUUACUACCUGUACUUGACCCAGGCUACAUAUAUGGCUAGUGCCGACACAUGAAGUGGGGAAAGAAAAUAUAUUUUUACCCAAACA